GACACUGAGGCCGCUGAAGUUGGCGUCUAACUGCUAGACACUAGCCGCUGACAUGCAGUACACCGGGAGCCAUUAUGUCGGGGCAUACGUAAACGGGAGUGUUGUGCAGUGAAUUCUAGAUAAUUCUACUUCAGAACACAGAACAUGAAGGAAGACCAUCCACAUUUUAUAGCAGCCGCCAUGCAUCAUCUCCUCCUCACAGUGAUUGCCACUUGACAAGUGAGAAAAGUAAGGAUGGAGGGCAGUGCAGAAUACGUCCUCCCUACUGACACGAGAUAUGUUGGGGACAUGAAGGAUGGCAUGUUCCAUGGAGAAGGAACCCUGUUCUUCCCCAGCGGGAGCAGAUUCGACGCCACCUGGGAGAAGGGAUUGGUGGUGAAGGGCAAGUACACCUUCGCUGACGGGCUGCAGUACGAGGACAGACACUGGCACUACUGUGACAGCUAUGACCGCAGGUUCUUCACCGAGAUCUGCUACGGCCUGAAGCCCUCAGGUAUCUCUCAGCUCACCAACAUGGACCCACCUAGAAAAAUCCCCCCAGGCUGUUAUGACUGUGGAGAUGGCUUCUAUAACCCUACCACCAGGGUCAUUAAGGAUUACCGAAACCGCUUUCUGAGAAAUGCAGAUGAUGAUGAACAUGAGUGGAUCGUCAGGACCUGCCGCAAGGGCUGGGCAGAGAAACCUGCACAGAAGCCCAAGCUGUGAAUACCUCAGCAUCUCCACUGGGAUCCCCUCUGUCCACGGGUUCUUGUUCUAGCUUCAACUUGAGUUUCAGAAUAAAGGUUUCCAGCACUGAAA